CCUCGUUUCGUUCUUGAGUGACCCUCUUUCCCUGCGACUCAGAACACCAGCACUCCCUGGAGCCUAGUCACAUGCUUUCUCACCGCAUCAUAAUAGUCAAGCUGUGAUGUCACUGCGGAGCUCCGAUUCUUAGUGUGUAUUGAAAGUGAUACCACAUAUGAAGAGUCAGCAUGAGGGCCAGACCCCCAGGACGAGCUGUCCCUGAAGGGCACAAGUCAGAGCACAUCAUGCCUCCUAGUAAAGGUGCCAGCAGUCUGAACAGCUCGGCAGCAGGGCUCAUCUGCCUGCCCCCCGUCUCGGAGGAGCUACAGCUCGUCUGGACUCAAGCAGCCCAAACCAGCGAGCUGGAUGGCAACGAGCACCUGCUGCAGACCUUCAGCCACUUCCCCUAUCCAAGCCUGGCAGAUAUCGCUCUCCUCUGCCUUCGGUAUGGGCUGCAGAUGGAGAAGGUAAAGACCUGGUUCAUGGCGCAGCGCCUCCGCUGUGGCAUUAGCUGGUCCUCUGAAGAGAUCGAGGAGACCCGAGCCCGCGUGGUGUACCACCGAGAUCAGCUCCAUUUCAAAUCUCUCCUCUCUUUUACGCAUCACGCGGUGCAGCCCCCGCAGGAGCUGCCUCCAGUGGCCCCUCCAGAGCAUGUCGCUCUUGGACUGUGUCCUCCGGCGGUGAGUGAGCGCAGUGAGAUGAAAGAACUGAAGGUUGAGCCUGAGGAGUCCUCGCGGGUACCACAGCUGCCACAGUGUCAUCAGAAAGUGAAGGAAGCUCUGACGACAGGCGGCAGAGCGUCCCCCCACCAAUCAGAUUUUUGUCAGGAUCUUCAGAUCAGUGGCGUCCCUCAGGAGCAGGCAGGCAGGGGUCCCGACCAGUCAUGUGGAGGGCCUGCUUCCUGGAAUCACUGCACAGCUGUCCAUCAGUCAGAGAAAACCCCACUGAUCUCACUACUUGACAGUAGUGGUGAGGAGGAAUCUGUACCUUGUGGGACACCUCCAUCUUCUUCUACCUCUUCUCCCUCUUUCCAGGUUUUGGCUAAUGGAACCACUGCCACCCCUAAACCCCUUCAGCCUUUGGGCUAUAUCCCACUGUCUCCACAAGGAGAGCUACCCUGGCCCCAAAGGCUACGGACUAACUCAGUAGCAAGUAGGGCUGGUCCCACAGAGUACCUUUCCCCAGACACGCAACACCAGCGGAAGACUAAGCGCAAAACCAAAGAACAGCUGGCCAUCCUCAAAUCCUUUUUUCUACAGUGCCAGUGGGCACGACGGGAAGAUUACCACAAACUAGAACAGAUCACUGGCUUACCGCGGCCUGAGAUCAUUCAGUGGUUUGGUGACACAAGGUACGCCUUGAAACAUGGACAACUGAAAUGGUUUCGGGACAACGCAGUACUUAGUAGCCCUAGUUUUCAAGAUCCAGCCAUUCCUACCCCAGCAACUAAUUCCUUGAAAGAAUGGGCCAAGACACCACCUCUGCCAGCCCCACCGCCCCCACCAGAUAUACGACCUUUGGAGAAGUACUGGGCAGCCCACCAGCAACUGCAGGAAGCUGAUAUCCCUAAACUGAGUCAGGCAUCAAGGCUUAGCACUCAGCAGGUGCUGGACUGGUUUGACUCUCGAUUGCCUAAGCCAGCAGAGGUGGUAGUUUGUCUAGAUGAAGAGGAGGAGGAGGAGGAUGAAGAACUUCCAGAAGAUGGUGAGGAAGAAGAGGAGGAGGAAGAUGAUGAUGAUGAUGAUGAUGAUGAUGAUGAUGUAAUCAUACAGGACUGAGGGAGGCUAAGGCAAAGGGGAUUCUUAUUACUGAAGAUUAACCAACUUACUGACUUUUCAGAGCUUUUUGAAAUUACUCUUGUUACAAAGAACUAAAAAGCAAUGUUCUUCAGAGUGAGCAAAGGGGGUAAUUUGACGGUAGACUGGAUACAGACUAAAGUACAGCAUCAGCACAAAUCCAGUUCUCCAGUGUCCGUGUAGAGAGGGCUAGGGAAUCCGGGCAAACAAUGGCUAAAAGAGCCCUUGUUCUUUUUAGUACACUUAAGCCAUGUCUCAGCCCCCGUCUGUAGGGAACUUGGAUGGAGAGAAGUCAUGUGAUACCACUGAUCCCAGGGCCCCUCCCCCACAUCCCACCACUUAUCAGAGAAUACGGCUGCUUGCGCCUGUCCCUAUGUUUGUGAUUGCAUAGUCAUGCAUGUUGCAACUACUGUCUGCAGUCCUCGGCUCUGCUACAGAUGCUCCUUCAUCCCAUCUGACAUCGUUCUUCUCGCUUUCGCACUCACAGCAGCAGAAUGCUCUUGCUUCUGUUACUGGGACCAAUCUGCCUUCUGUCAUUUUCUAGGAAACUCCCCCUUUGCUCACUAUUGUCUCAGGGUAAAUCUUUACACAGUUUGUGAAAAUUUUUAAUAAUCAGAUUGUAAAUAUUAGUCUGUAUAUUUAUUGGAAGUGGGAAUUACGGGCUUUGUCCUUUAAAGCAUAGAUGAGCCAGGCACAGUGCUUCUGACUACUAUAUUUGGCCCGUAGAGGCAGGAUGAUGAAGGAGUUCAAGGCCAACCUGGACUAUGUGAGGCCGUCUUGAAACAAGUGUGACAGAAGGACAGUGCGAUGGUGACAGGUUUGGAUUUACAAACCUGACACUAAUUUCUGUCCAGAUUGAUUAACAGAUUGUUUUUGGUUUUCUGUUUUUACUUUGUUUUGUUUUUUCCUUUUUUGCUACUGGAUCAAUUUGUAUCUAACAAGAGAUAUUUCCCUCUUUAUAGGAUCUGUCUUGGGGACAGAAGGACCAUGGUCUUCUAAUUCAACGAUGUUCUAGAAUAAAUUUCAACAUGGGGGAUCACUGGGAACAGUUGGUUAAUCAUCUGAAAAUAGAAUGCAAACCCCGAGUUGCUAAAAUAAAAAGGCCAAAAAUAAAAUUGUUUCUCUUGUCCACUUUGCCAUUCCUAUGGUUUAAAGAUAAAUAUAUAUCUUUAUUUUUUCUCAUUUUUUAAAGGCUUGCCUUGAACUCACUGUGAAGCCAUCACAGUUGCUGAACUUCGGAUCCUCCUGGUUCUACCUCCCAAAUAUUUUAUGCAAGAAUACUGCAGAUCAAGCCCAGGCCUUCGUGCAUGGGAGGCAGAUGCUCUGCCAACUGCACUGCGUCUCAGGCUGCAUCUGUGCUCAGCCCGGGCCUAGGAACUGAAUGUAGCCAAGUCCGUUAACGUUUGACGUGAGGGCUAGUGUGUGGCUCAGUGAUGGACCUAGCAUCUGUGACACCUACUUUCAAGCCCUAGCAUCACUUUAAAAUUAUUUCUGAUUUAGUGUAUUUUUAUUUUUUAAUAUUUAUUUAUUUUAUGUAUAUGAGUGCUCUAUCUGCAUGUACACCUGCGUGUCAGAAUAGGGCAUCAGAUCCAGUAUAGAUAGUUGUGAAACACCACGCUGUUGCUGGGAAUUGAAUUCAGGACCCCUGAAAGGGCAGAUAGUGUGCAUAACUGCAGAGCCAUCUCUCCAGCCCUAUAUUUCUAUUAUUUAAAGAGUCAGGACACACUAUGGGCAGUUCAGCAUCUGUUGGCACACACAUGGCUCCCAGCAGUCAGAUGACAAGGUUUAUUGGCGCUUCAGCAGCGAUGGCAGUUGUAACUCCACUUGCUUAUCCCACCAUUCCAGAACCUGUUACAGCAAGAGUUGCAGUAGCCAUAAAAGGAUAUCUUUUUAAUGAUUUUUUUUCUCUUUAUU